CGACACGAACGACUAUUAACGGACAAGAUGACAUCGCCAUACCCCCCGAACCCUUCCAUCUCGCCUUCCGACAUGGCCGCCGCACAGAAUCGGUCUGUAUCUGAUUUGCCGCAGUCGCAAGUGGACGCUAUCAUUCGAACCAAGCGCAAGGCGCGAGAACCCAAAGCUUGCUACCCAUGUCACGCGCGAAAAGUGAAAUGCGAUCGAAAUUUGCCGUGCGAUGGCUGUGUUAAACGCGACCAUGCAGAUCUUUGCUCAUACGAACGACCUUCUAAAAAGCGCUCGCAGGCUUUCCACGAGAGUCCUGUAGGUGGAAACUCGGCAACAUCCACGUCAGAACAUCACGGAUACUACAAUUAUGAUGAACAACCGGCGAAUAUCAAGCCCGAGCCGAUGAUCAGUCGACCGAAUGGCGCCAAUGCGAGUGGGCGAGUGUCCAUUGCCCGGGAGGAAUGGGAUAACGUGCGCAACCGACUUCGCGAGAUGGAAUCGACAAUAUCUUCAUUACGUGUGGGGCUUGACCGAGCCGAGGAUGGACCUCCUACCGGUCCAGAUGGCGGGAGUGUGCAGAGCGGCGAUGCAAGUUCCCGGUCGAAGGGCGCCUCACCGGAUCGCGAGGGCAUUCAUGCUGCAAACACACUUGGAAAAGGAACCGUUCACCUUGGAUCGCGGUCUGUGCUGGCUUAUAUUUUGAAUAACAAGUCUGGGUCAGACCAACUGCAAGCUCUGCUUGAGGGAGGAAUACUGCCUAAACUCGGCCUGGAUAACGAAUCAGCAACUUAUCCGUUCGUUGAUCUAUGGUCAUCGGACAUGUCGACAUUCGAUGUCACUGCUGUCUGUAGUGCACUUCCCACUGAUCAGCAGUGCAGAGAGUUCUUCCUUUACUACAAGGACAUCGCUGGUGCUAUCUACCCGGUCCUCGAAGAUGUGUACGAGUUUGAAAAUACCCUUGAGCUCUUGCUGCAAAGCAGGAUUGCAUCCGGGGGAGUCUAUCGCGAAGAUGCCGACGAGGCGCAGAAUCCCUUUGGAGUAAGCAUUGCAUACCUGGGACUUCUGUUUGCCGUCUUGGCGUCCGGCUGUCAAUCCUCGGACCUUGGAAGCAAGGAACGAGAGCUGACUUCCCAAGUUUAUGUCUGCUGCUCCUACCAAUGCCUGCGCAUGACCAACUUCCUCUCCCAGCCAACAAUAGAGGCAAUCCAAACCCUGCUGGUGAUUGGCAAUGUAUUGUCUUACAAUAUGAACCCGGGUAUCUCUUACGUCCUCCUGGGUAUGACACUACGCAUGGGAUUGGCACUUGGAUUGCAUGUUGAGUCGAGCCGGUUUUCAUCGCUCGAGCGAUAUCGCCGGCGGCAUGUUUGGUGGUCAAUGGCAUGGCAGGAUAGCCAUUUCUCUCUAUCCUACGAUCGUCCUUCCACUACUGCAGUCAGCCAACCUGAAAUUGCAUACCGCGAGGGCGGAAAAGCUGGCGAUCUCUCCUAUUUUGAAACUCUCUGCCGAGUCAUCUCUCUCGCUUUGGAAGUUGUGCGGAUUCGAAUGCUGAGCCCUCAUGCCCAAAUAAGUUUCGAGAGUAUUCAAGGCUACAAGGAGAGAAUUCGAAACAUCAUGAUCGAAGCCAAGCCCUAUUUGCGCGAGGCAAAGUGGUGCUCAACUGCAACGGAGCACUUGGAACGUGUGGUAUUGAAGCUUCAUUCUUCAUACUUCGCCUCCGAGCUCUGUCGACCUGCGCUCAAACCGACCAACGAUACCGGGGACGCUGGAACUGCUAGCAUGCGAGCGGAUUGCGUCUCGAACCUCAUGACCACCGUCGAGGCGUACAUUGAAAUGCACAACAUCAGCUCCCAUGCCUCCCGUUCAUGGAUUGCUCUGCAGCGCGCCAUCAGCUCUGCAUUCCUGCUUGCCGUCAUCGAAGAGGCAAAAUCAGAUGCAAAUGUUUGGAACCUCCUUCGACAGUUGGAGGGCAUCAUUGCACAACGCGCAAGCACCGAGCGAGCCUAUGAUACUGGCGACGUCACUGCAUCUGCUGCCAGCAUGACUUCCCCAGUCCAAGGAAUGAACACGUACGAUCCGAUCACUGGGGCUACAAACCCACCGGCCGCUGUACAGCCGCCCGUCGUGAACGCUACGUCCCCUGCUGCUGCUGUUGAUACUGGAACUCAAUGGGCGAAGUCACUCGCUAAAACCCACCGUGCUCUGCAGAAGCUUCUCAGCGCUUUUGGGAAUCAACUAUCGCGACCGGCAAAUGAACGAAGCCCUGUUUACUUUGCACAAGCCAAUCUGAACCCAGCCGCCGCUCCAGCCGGUUCAUUUGUUCCUCCUGCUUCGGCAGGAAUGACUCCCAGUGUGGGAUCACUCCCACCUCCUACUCCGGAGAGCUCGGGCAGUGGAGAAUGGACAAUUCCAAAUAUUCUGGACCGCGCGUCGGAGUAUAUCCAUCCACCCCUCUGGAGCUAA